AUGGCUGCCAACGAAGCAGCGGCCCUUGCAAACAUGGCCAACCGACCCGACCGACGCUCUCCUGCUCCCGCUUCCCAAUCAAAAAGGGAUCGCAAGCGACAAGCUCUUAUAGAGAGACUCUCUAGCAUGACCGAUAAGUUCCAUCGGGAAAGGGACAUGACAUAUCGUGAUCAGCUGCAGAAGAUCCAGUUUGACAUCAAUCUCGUACAGCGCUUCGACCCUUACGAUCCGAAGGUCCUUGAGGUCAUCUCUGGACUCCAGAAGGAGCACACCAACACACAAGGACCUCCGGUCAACGCCGAAGAUGCCCGAAGCUUGCUUGAUAUGGCUGGUAUCCGAUUCUCUGACUUCGUCGACGAAGUCGAGGAUUUGGUGGAAAUUCGUGAUUUUCAGCUGGCGCAGUCAAAAAAUGAAUACGACCGACGACGAGAAGAAUAUAGAAACACUUACGAUUACAAGGUUGAAACCGCCAAGCGCGAGCACCGAGCCCUUACCAGCACCCUUCGAGACCGAUUGGUCAAUACCCUCACCCACAAGAAGAACCGGUUGAACCGCGAGAAAGAGGUUCUGGAGAUUAAUGAUUCCAAUGCCUUGCUACUCAACCCCAAUCAGUUCAGCUUGACCAAUCCUGCGAGCCCCGGUGGUCCUCACGGAAAGCGAGCCACACGUCUGCGCAAGGACGCCGACGAUCUGCAGAUGUAUUCCGACAACAAGAAGCGCAAGCGAAACGGCGGCGAUGAUGACGGCUCACCUGCCCCGACAAGACGAGCCCUCGAUAACCACAACACUACACCUCUAUGGCAGUCUGAAAAGGCUCGUGCUGCUGCUAAGCAGAACGGACCUAUCUACAGCAUCGACAAGCUUUUCACCGACAAGGAGCUUUCGCUCAAUUAUAACACUGCUGCCCUUGCUGCGCACCAGUACAUUCUUCGCAAUCGUGUUAGCGGCGGCGGCUCUCCCGAAGACAGCGAUUCCGGCAACGGUGAAGCCAAUGGCGACCAGGACGCCGAUUCUCAACCUUCUGCCCCAGCUAUGGAGCGCUCCGUCUCGCACGCCACCCGCAGCACUCGUGGCGGUAAUUUACUUGACGACAAGAUUUUAGGUCUUGAGGGUAUCACCAAUUUUGAAGUUCACAACUUGGAUCUCCUCCACGCCCACGAACCCCCCAAGAUGCCUCCUCCGGUUCCCCAGCAAUACCUCAAGCCAUACCCUCGUACAGCAGACCAGAACUUCCCUGUGCCCCUGUCCAACGACGAUAUCACUUCCGAUCUUACGAUUAUGGGUUUCUUCAAGCAAUACGACGCAGCGCACAAACCUGGAGCUCACCUUGAUCGCCCAACUGGAAUGCGCCGAGUUCUCGCUGCUGUAUCAAUACCUUACCAGCAUUCACGAUAUGUCGCUUUUACUAGCGCCCCUAGAGAAGACCCUGAAUUUGUUCGCGAUUCAUUGGGUCUACCAGCUCUCAGCAGCCUUCGAGACCAGCCAAGCCCAGCACAUGCUGGCGCAGCUACUUCAGUGGCAGCCCUGUCCAGCGCCGCCGUGCCUAUGAGUCGCCAGAGCAGUGCCGGCGGAGUUGCCAUGAGCCGCCAGGGUAGCAGCAGUACGCGUGGCAAGGGACGUAAGAACUAG